CAUGAGGGGAAUAAUAUCACUCAUUGCCCUUUCCUUUUGUGUGGGGAGUAAUGGUAGUUGUCACCCAAAUUCAUUUCGAGGGUUGGAACCAUGGAUUCUGAUCGUCUCACAAAUCCUUCCAAUAAUUCAGCGUCUGUUUCGAGACAUAUUACAAACCCACUAAACGUAGAUCAACCAGUAACGUUUAAGAAAUCGUGGAUCCAUAUGCAUUCAAACGUGAAACCCAAUACGUUAUUGGUUAACUCUCCCUUCUUCCUUUUUGGAUUAUAUUGCUGGGGUUGGGAGUUCUUAACCGCUCUCCUCCUUUUUAGUUGUUCCCCCUAAUUAAGCUUCUUCUUUCACUAUUUUUUCUUUCCUUUUUUUUUUUCCCAUAGAAGUUAGAAGUAUUUACAUCGGAUUGAACAAAAAGGUUGUUCUUUUUUUUUUGUUGGGGAAGGGGGUUAAUAGUAAUAAGAAAAGAAUUGUAAAGGGCAAAUCGGGAAGAAAUGUCCCAACGAUCGGUGCCGGCGCCGUUUUUGACGAAGACGUAUCAGUUGGUGGAUGAUCCGGGGACGGAUGAGGUGAUAUCGUGGAGUGAGAGUGGCAACACUUUUGUGGUGUGGAAACAUGCAGAUUUUGCUAAGGAUUUGCUUCCUAAUUAUUUUAAGCACAAUAAUUUCUCCAGUUUCGUGCGCCAGCUUAACACCUAUGGAUUCCGAAAGAUCGUGCCAGACAAAUGGGAAUUCGCAAACGAAUAUUUCAAGCGAGGCCAGAAGGAGCUGCUCUCCGAAAUCAGACGCCGCAAGGCCUUGCCUCAACAGUCACCACAACCGCCGGAACCGGGAAAAUCCGUUGCCGACGGUAACUCUCCAUCAAAAUCCGGCGCCGAUGACGUGGGGUCCACCUCUACCUCUACCUCGUCCUCCGGUUCGAAGAACCCGGGAUCAGUGGAAACGACAGCCCCUAAUCAACUAUCGAGCGAGAACGAGAAACUGAAGAAGGACAACGAAACGCUGAGCUGUGAGCUGGCACGUGCGAGGAAACAGUGCGAUGAAUUAAUAGCGUUUCUGAGGGAGCGUCUGAAUGUGGGUCCCGAUCAAAUCGAACGCAUCAUGCGGCAAGGAAGUGGUGGAUGUAACCAAAACGCGGUAGGUGAAGGUGGAGGAGAGAGUUUGAAACUGUUCGGUGUUUGGUUAAAAGAGGAGAAUUCUCCAGACAAAAGAAACAACCAAAAGAGGGCCCGCGAAGACCCAAUGGGCUUUGGUGGGCCUGGCGUUAAGGAGUCCAAGACCGUUGUUGACUUUGGUGCCGUAAAUGUCAUCAUGAAGAGCAGCAAGGUUUGCAACUGAACAAUAUUAAGGUCCUUAACUCGCCACGUAGUCGUAAUCCAUUUAGCAAUUUUCUUUUUUAAACGCAAUUAAAGGCAAAAGAGGCUAAUGCAAAAGGAAAAGGAAAAGGCUAUGCGAUAAUCGUGGUUGGGUGAAAAGACCAGAUACGCUAGCUAACCUCUUCUUCCUCCACAUACCCACGCUGUGUAAUUUUUAAUGUAGGUCAAUGUUUCUAUGUAUACUGAUAUUGGAAAAGCAGAUACUGAUGAUGAUCAACGUGUGGCUUUUUAUGUCAAUGAAUAUAGUGGUUAUUUGACAGUAUUCUGUUU